AUUUCGCAAAGGAUAAGGCAAGUGAUUCCGUAGUCCGCAUUGAUUUGUAAGUAUGCUGUCACACUUUUGCUUAAUAAGAAUACUUUUUUUUCUUCUCUAACUUCUUCUCUUUUUUUUAUAUAGCUAAUAAAUGGAAACAGAUAAUAGACCUUGGUUACUUCGACUUCCUUACGAUGUCAUUACCAACAUUAGUCAACAUUUGGACUUGUGUUCGAACACUCAUUUAAUGGACACUUGUCAACAAAUGAGAUAUUUUUACUUGUCCUCGAAAUAUGUCUGGCGAAAAAUCGUAUUUGAUGUGAAUUUGUACAACGAUCUACACCCGAUAUAUUCUUCUCUUCGAAAAUUAGACGAUAUUAAUGGCUUAAGACAACAUGUGAAGGAGGUAAGAUUAGCUAUAUAUGUAUUGGAUGUACUCAUCCUUUAACCCCGCUCAUAAAAAAAUAAGGUUGUGAUGGAUGACAAUGAUGAUCCUGAUUUCUCACCCAUCAUUAUGCUGAUUAAAUUCCCUCAACUGCGAAAACUGAGUGCGACUCACCGUAAAGAAAACACCAACUUGGAAGUGGAUAUUAAACUACUACAGGAAAUGUUGAAAUUCAAUUCUGUUAAACCUGGCUCGUUACCUAUUGAGAAAAUCAGUCUGUAUCACUACUACAUGGAUUAUGAACCUCAUCUGGCAUCGUAUCAAAGGACUUGGAAUAAACUCUCGAUUCACCCACAUGUGGAAUUAGACAUCAAAAUUUGUGGUUAUCUGCCACCCGAUCAAAAGGAAAAUGAGCUGGAAAGAGAGUUGACACUGUUAGAGCAACGUAUUCAACGUUUGCAGACACAAGAAAAUGGAAAUAACAGAAGGAGACAACAGGCCGACGACGAGAACGGCCCAUUGUAUCAAAAUGUGGAAAAAUGUCAACGCAUCAUGUGCGUCACUGCCCAGUGUUGGUCGUGUGGUCAUCCCUUCCAACGGUGCUGGAAAUGUGUGCCGGUGUGUGAAGGCUGCAAGGUCAAAAGAAUUCCUCCCAUGGCCAAUGAUAAUCAAAUUAGACUUAAAAACCGCCGUAAGAUCACACCCAAAAAUCAACUCAUAGCCGAUGAGGAUGAUUUCAGUGUGUUUGGAUAGACUUUAUAUAUCUUGGAUUUUAAAUAAACGUGGCACAGAGUGACAACAAAAUAGACAGGGAGUGUCUGUAGACUGUCAUUUACAAAAUGUAGUGUAUCUAGCGGUGAUUCGCCACCACAUUAGAUAGAUCAUGUUUUUAUAUGUGAUCAAA